AUGGAAAUUCUUGAUGUUAACACAAACACCAUUUCUGGUCCAGUCCCCUUAGAUCUAGGUCAAAGAAUGACAAAUCUUAGGUGGAUUAAUCUCGGUUACAAUAGUUUAGGCACUGGGGGUGCUGGUGACUUGAGGUUUAUAGAUUCCUUAACUAAUUGUACCGAGCUACAAAACCUUGCCAUAUAUGCAAACGGUUUUGGUGGUGUUCUACCCGAUGCCAUCGUCAAUCUUUCAACCCAGCUCAACCAGUUUUUAGCUGGGGGGAAUCAGUUUGUUGGCAGCAUCCCCUCCAGCAUUACUAAUUUUGUUAACCUAGCGACCCUUGGUUUAGAAUCCAAUUAUUUCUCGGGAACCAUUCUUUUUGACAUUGGAAAGCUCAAAGACUUGCAAAUACUAAGUUUAGGUACAAAUGAACUGUCUGGUGCCAUCCCAUCAUCGAUUGGAAAUCUUACUCGAUUAUUCGAACUGAGUCUAGAAGAGAAUAACUUCACAGGAAGCAUUCAUUGGAGUAUUGAUAACAUCACCGGUUUGCAAAGUGUGAAUCUUUCUUAUAAUAGCUUUGUCGGCUCUAUACCCAAAGCAAUUGGUGGCUUAUCCUCUUUAAGUUCCCUUAACUUAGCUCAUAACUCAUUUAUUGACGCACUACCAGAGGAAAUUGGUAAAUUGCAAAAUCUAGAGGUUCUAGAUCUUUCAGAGAAUAAGUGGUCCGGAGGAAUGCCUAAUAACCUUGGUCAUUGUUUGAGAUUGGAACAGCUUUAUCUGGAAGAUAAUACGUUUCAGGGACAAAUUCCAUCCUCUUUUAGUUCCCUAAAAGGAAUUGUAGAUUUGGACCUCUCUCGUAAUAACUUGUCUGGCCAAAUUCCUGUAGAUCUGGAGAAACUAAUGCUUUUGAAGAAUCUCAAUUUGUCAUUCAAUAACUUACAAGGUGAGGUUCCAUCAGAAGGCGUGUUCAAAAACAUAAGCAUAGUUUCACUUCAAGGAAAUUUGGAGCUUUGUGGAGGGAUUCCAGAGCUGCGGUUGUCUGCUUGCCCACUUCAGAAAACUGCCAAUGAGAGACAUAAUCUUGCUUUUAGAUUUGAAAUCAUAGCUCCUGUUGUAGUGGUAUCUAUAACAUUGGCGGCUCUUUUGGUUUUUCUUUACAGGAAAAGAAAAUCCGAAAAGACCUUCAAUUCCCAGUCAUCAGUCGAAGAAGAGUUUCUGAGGGUUUCUUACAAUGAUCUCCUUAAAGCUACUGAUGGAUUUUCUUUGACCAACUUGAUCGGUAAUGGAAGCUUUGGCACUGUCUAUAAAGGAAUUCUCCACCAGGAUGAGAAACUUGUGGCAGUGAAGGGGCUUAAUCUUGAGCAACUAGGGGCUUCCAAGAGCUUCAUUGCUGAAUGUGAAGCCCUAAGGAACACUAGACACCGAAAAAAUCUUCUCAAGCUAAUAACUGCAUGUUCGAGUGUAGACCACGAAGGUAAUGACUUUAAAGCUCUAGUCUUUGAGUUCAUGCCUAAUCGCAGUCUUGAGGAUUGGUUGCAUCCACGUGGAGACGCAUCGUCACAAUCAAGGAAUUUGAGCCUCGCACAAAGGUUAAGCAUAGCAAUCGAUGUUGCCUCUGCAUUGUAUUAUCUACACAAUAGUUGCGAAAGACCAAUUAUUCAUAGUGAUCUAAAGCCAAGUAAUGUUCUUCUUAACGAAGACAUGACUGCUAAUGUGGGAGAUUUUAGAUUGGUCAAGUUCCUUGCAAUAAGUGGCACUCAGAUUAACAGAGGACAUACUGAGUCAACUGUAAUAAAGGGUUCUAUAGGAUAUAUAGCUCCAGAGUAUGCCCUAGGAAGAAAGAGAUCCAAGGCAGGGGAUGUUUACAGUUAUGGGAUACUCUUAUUAGAGAUGCUAACAGGAAAGGGGCCUACAGAUGAUAUGUUUGUAAACGGUCUUUCCCUUUAUGAGUUCUCUAAAAGGGCACUGCCUGAGCAGGUGAUGGAGAUCGUGGAUCCACGUCUGUUGUUAGAAGAAUCUAAUGUAGCAGUAAACAAUACUGAGAAUCAAGAAGUUAGAGAAGCUAAACAGAGGGAAUGUUUGAUUUCCCUAGUAAGGAUUGGGGUUGCAUGCUCUGCAGAAUCACCUGGUGAACGAAUGGACAUCAAAGAUGCACUUAAAUAA